UCCGAGCCCGCUUACCCUUAUUCUGUGUCUGAGAGUGAGCGGCGCUAUGGCUGAUGAGAAGAAAGCACAGCAAGCCUCCAAGAAGGGCGCGAAGAAAAUCAUCAAGAAGGCGCCAGCGAAGGGCGGUAAGAAGAGGAGGCGGUCCAGGAAAGAAAGUUACUCCAUCUACAUCUACAAAGUGAUGAAGCAGGUUCACCCCGACACCGGCAUCUCCUCCAAGGCCAUGAGUAUCAUGAACUCGUUCGUCAGCGAUAUUUUCGAGCGCAUCGCGGGGGAGGCUUCCCGCCUGGCCCAUUACAACAAGCGCAGCACCAUCAGCUCCCGGGAGAUCCAGACCGCCGUGCGGCUGCUGCUACCCGGGGAGCUGGCCAAGCACGCCGUGUCGGAGGGUACAAAGGCGGUGACCAAGUACACCAGCUCCAAGUGAAGGACCGCAUUGCACUGAAACAAACACAUCCACAACCCAAAGGCUCUUUUAAGAGUCACCCACAACUUCCCUGAAACAGCGAGACCAUUAUGUUUUUGGGUAUGUACCAUUAAUGUCUCUGCGAGGACUUAGA